AUGUCUGUGAUUGAUGGAUGCCACGCAGUGGCUCAGGCCGCUUACUACAUGAGCGACACACAAUUUAUAUUCCCAAUUUCGCCUGCUACUUCUAUUGGAGAUACUUGUGAGGAAAUGUCGGCUUCUCACGUCAAGAAUAUGUACGGAAACGUCACUUCUAUCGUUGAGAUGGAAAGCGAACUUGGCUCAAUUGCUUCUGUACAUGGUUCGUCAGAAAUUGGUGCAAUUCCAUCCACCUUUACUUCAUCACAAGGAUUGUUACUAAUGCCACCAAAUAUGUUCAAAAUUGCUGGGGAGUUACUUCCAGCUGUUAUUCAUGUUGCAUCGCGAAACAUUGGAGCUUCUGGGAUGACUGUGUUUUGUGACAAUACUGAUGUGCUGUCAUGCAGAUCAACUGGUUUCUGUUACUUAACGUCGAACACCCCACAAGAGAGCUACGACUUUGCCGUCAUAUGCUAUAUGGCCACAAUCGAAGCAUCACUCCCCUUCCUCCACUUCUUUGAUGGGUUCAAAACUGGCUACGCACUCCAAAAAGUGAGCACGUUGGAACCUAACGAACUUUUCGAUCUGAUCAAUAAAAAGCAGCUGGAGAAGCACAGACAAAGGAGACUGUCUCCACACAACCCAACAACACAAACUCUCAUACAGUGCAACGAUACAGCUUUCCAAUCAAUGGAACGUACGAACGAGUACUAUAACAGAGUACCCGAGAUUGUCCAAAAUUGUUUCAAUAAAUUCGAAGAGAAGACUGGAAGGAAAUACAACGUUUUUGAUUUGUUCGGCGACACUGAUGCUGAGGUCUGUAUCAUCGCAUUUGGUAGUGUCUGUGGAACAAUCAGAAAUUUGCUUUUGGAAGAGAACAAAAAACUUGUUGGGGAAAAGGUGUGCCUCAUCGAAGUGAGGCUGAUUCUGCCUUUCUCUGUCGAGAAGCUAAUUGAGAAGAUUCCAAAAACUACAAAGAAGAUCGUUGUGCUUGACAAGACCAAAGAACCUGGAGCAAACGGGGAGCCUUUAUAUCAAGCUGUCUGUUCUGCAUUGAACGAGGCCGAUAUGAGAAUCAAAGUUCAUGAAUGUAGAUAUGGUCUUGGAGGCAAGGAAAUGACCCCUUCCAUGAUUCUAUCGAUAAUAAAGAAUAUUGCUGAGAACAACAAGCUGAAAACGAUUUUCACAAUUGGUAUAGACGAUGACGUCACACACCUCUCACUUUCAUAUGACUCAAACUUCACGAUGAAAGGCGCUGAUUUUGAGGCGAUUAUAUAUGGUGUUUCUGGUGUUCCAAUAUCAAAAACGAUUUUGGGUUCCACAACGAAAGAUGAAUACGUCCAGGGAUUUAAAAUGAUAGAUAUGGCUAAAGAAGCUGGAAUGGUAAGAAACGAUCUCAGGAUUUCUAAAAGAGAAAUUCUCUCACAAUUUGAGAUUGAAGAGGCGGACGUUGUCUUUGUAUUGGAGAGAACUCAAUAUUUCGUUCCUGUUUUGAAAGACAUAAAGAAAAACGGGAUUCUUGUCAUUUCAGAAGAUUGCGAGUCGUUCCAACAACUCAGCCUUGAGACGCUUGAAACGGUGUUGACGAAAAACGUCAGAGUCUUUUUCAAGAAAAUGACAACUGAAGAUUGCGUCAAAGAGGUACUAAAAAUGAGAACUGGAAAUCACUCAUUUGAUGAAGCAGAUUACAAAGGUGGAAUGUACAAACAGAAGAUAGAGAAAAUUAUAGAAGAAAAGAGAGCACACAAGAAGGUUGUUAAUGACAAGUACUACACCGAUAUAGUGCUGAAGAUAGAAAAUGGACAUGGAAACGAGUUGAAAGUGUCUGACAUGGUGCCUGGGUUCUAUUGCCCAACUGGACAGUCACAGUUCAACAAAAGAAGAGUCAACAAAAGAAUACCACAUUGGGAUAUUAACAUGUGCCAACAAUGCUCAACGUGCUCUAUCGUGUGCCCGUCAUCAUCCUCACGAAUAUUUGCGCUUGACGUCGACCACCCAGUACCCGACGAGUUCAAGAUGAAAAAUUCGACAAAGGGAAAGUACAAGUACCGCGUGCAAGUAUCACCGGAGGACUGUAUGGGAUGCAACAGCUGUGCGAGUUCAUGCAAAUCGAAGGCAAUAACUAUGCUUGAGGACGACGAUAAUUACGAAGAACAAGUGAGAAAUUGGAAGUUCGCAAUGACGAUCCCGGACUUCGAAAAGAAGUCGACAAUUGAGGAGUUGGCAAUGAAUAAACCAUUACUUGAAUUUGCGAACGUAUGUACUGGUUGUGGAGAGAUGGCUUCGGUCAAAAUGGCAACACAGUUGUUUGGAAAGAGGAUGGUUUGUGCUAUGACGUCUGGGUGUUCAAGUGUGUCUUCUGGAGUAAUUGGUAUGACUGCUUUCACAAAAGACGCAAAUGGACGAGGACCAACAUACGGCAACUCACUUUUGGAAGACAACAUGGAGUAUGCCUUUGGGAUGGCAGUUUCGUUGCACCAGAACAGAGAGAUACUAGUUAAACAUGUUAAUACAAUUGUAAACAACAAAACACUGAGAAGCAACAUUGGAGAGGAGUUUGCGAAGUUGUUGGAAGAGUGGCUUGUUGUAAAAGAAGACGGAGAUAAAGCCGAGGAACUUUGCGCAAAAAUUGAACCACUUUUGAAAGAAAUCAAAAGCGAAGAAGAAGAGAUUGUUGAGGUGCAAAAGUAUGCUGAAUACUUCCACAAGAUUGAGGCGUGGAGCGUUAUUGGCGAUGGCGCAGCAUUUGACAUUGGUACUGCUGGGGUUGACCAUAUUGCUUCAUUACACGUUGGGUUAAAGACAAUUGUUAACAACACUCAAGCUUAUUCGAAUACUGGCGGACACCACUCAAAGGCAAGUCCAGAAGGUGUGGUUUGUAAAUUCGCUUCAAAGGGAACUGAUGCUGUUCAAAAAGACUUGGCAUCAAUUCUGAUUAACUACGGCACGUGUUACGUUGCUCAGUGUUGUGUUCAGGCAAACCCCGAGCAAGCAAUGAAAGCUUUGAUCGAGGCCGAAAGGUUUAACGGACCGGCGUUUGUCAUAUUUUAUUGUGUCUGUGUCGAUCACAAAUUCGACCUCCAUAACGCAAUUGAGGAAUCGAGACUUCUGGUCCAAAAUGGGUACUGGAACUUGUUCAGAUACGACCCAUCAAAGAAAGGAACUGGUGUUAAUCCACUCACAUUGGACAGCGAGUGUAGGAUUGUUGACUUUUCGCCAGUCAUCAUGAAUGAAGACCGAUUUUCGUUGCUUAGAAAUGAUGACGACAAAACAAAGCAACUUGUGAAGAGUAUCCAAAACAAAAUGCAGGAAAGACUUGACGAAUUAGUGAAACGAGCAAAGAACUAA